AUGUCAGAUCUUAAAACAGUAUCCUAUAAGUUUCAAUGGCCAGCAGGUCCGGAAAGUGUAGUCCUAACAGGCCAAUUUGAUCAUUGGAAAGGUUCUCUACCAAUGGUAAAGAACGGUACUACGAAGUCAUUCGAAUUAGAAAUGCCUAUCAAAUUCGAUAGACCAACUCAAAAGAUUCAUUUCAAGUUCAUCGUUGAUGGUGUUUGGACCACUAGCGAUUCUUAUAAGAGAGAAAUUAAUUAUGAAGGUAUUGAAAAUAAUUUCAUUUCAAUGGAUGACGUCUAUUCGAAUAAAACCCAAUCCGCUAAUGUGUCAAGAAUUCCAGAAGCUGGUGGAUUACCAAUGUCCAUCCCUUCUAAAAAUAGUAGUAAUGCUUCACAAAAUCGUAUGAGCGGACCACCUUCAACAAGUAAUAGGAAGAAGGGGAAAGGUAAAAAGAAGAAGGUUAAGAAGAGAAUUAGAAAAAAUAAAAUCACUGGUGAACAAACUGUGGUAUCUGAACAAAUAGAAAGUUUAGAGAACUCUAAAUCAAAUCUUGAUGAUGAUAAUGAACAAGAAGAAGAAGAGGAAAGUACUACUACCACUAAUGGUACUACUCCGGUAUCUUCCAAAAAUCACACUCCUGCUCCUGAAUUACAAGCCGAAGUUGAGAAGGAAAACGAGGAGGAACCAUCUUUCCAUAUCUUACCUAUCACAGAAGAAAAGAAGCAUGAAAAUGCUUCAAAUAUCAUUGGUGGUCCAGGCCCUGUCAUUGUAGAAAAUCCAACUGAAGUAAAAGAAUUUUAUGAAGUUAGAGAUGUAGAUGCUGAUGAAUUGAAUAAAAGAUUAAACAAUGAAUUGAAGGAAAAAGAAUUACAAGAAGAAAACCAACGUGAACCUGAAGCUGAAAUCAUCCCAGAAUCAACCAUUCCAGGAAAAGUGGAUGAUGAGGUUACUGAACCAGUUCAUACUCCCGCUAAUGUUUCACCAAUUGAGGAAGGGGAACAACAACACCAACCUAUUGAAGUUAUAAAUGAAUCUGCUAAUGUUGAAAAUGAUAACAGUAAACAAAUAAUAGACAACGACAACGUAGCACCAUCAAAAACUGAUGAUAUUGUAGAACCUAUAGCAGAAAAGAAAAAUCUUGAACCAGAAAAUAAAGAAAUAAUUGAAGAAAGAGAAAAAUUAGAAGAUACAAAUUCAACUCCAAUGGCUACCAUGGUUACUCCAACUACCCCCGAAGAACAAAAGCAUGAAGUACCAGAGUUCCAAUCUAAACUGGAUCCAAAGGUGAGGAAAAAUGAAAUUGAAAAUGAAGCAAAAGAAGAACCGCAAGAAAUUCAAAAAGAACCUACUCCAAUAGCUGAACCAAUAGUUAGUGAAUCACCAAAAAAGCCUACAACUACAACUACCAUGGAACAGAAACAGGCAGAAAUAAAAGAAUCACCAAGGAAGAAAACGACUACUAAAACUACAAAUAUAGCUACUGCUAAAGCUACAGAACCAACAAAAAAACAAACCACCAAACCUAAACCUACUACUACUAAGCCAAAAUCACAAGCCACUCCUUCUACUCAAGAAGCUGAUAAGAAAAAGAAAAAGAAGAAAGGUUUAUUUGGUAAGAUAAAGAAGUUAUUCAGCUAA